CUUCUAUGAGCACACUGCCAUUGAGAAUCCGUGAUGCACUUCCACAACAGCUCCUUCCCAUAUGAGAGGUUGCUCCGCUCAGUGGUCGUGCUGCUCUGGUCCCCGGUUUCCUUGUAAAAGAAGAAAACCAAUUGUUGGCGCAUUAUUCAUAAACCAAUUACUAGUUCUUAUGGACUGAAAGGGCAGGCCCAGUCCAAUCGAAAGCCCGAUAACCCACUCCACCUUCAGAGAAGAAAGAAAACACCAUGACGUCGUCGGGCAUAACGCAAAACCCUAAACCCUUUGCAACGCGCCGUUCUUACGAUCCUCUUCAUCAAUGGCUUCAGCGUGCAGCAGAAUUGCGCAAAGAGCAUAUUCAUUUUCUUGCAUAAAAUCAAGCAUCAAAUCUACUCUUCGCUCUUCAUCCUUCUCCAAGUCAGCCACCAACACCGCCACCACUUCUUCUCCUCUUUGCCGAUCCAUUUUAACCAGGGUUGCUCCGGAACUAAGAUGCGCGCAGUCGUUGCUGCCGCUGCAUAGUGCGGUUGCGACGGCGAGGAUGACGUCAUGCCUGAGUACAACAUCUCGGAGCUGCCGAGCUCUAUCACAGGGCACAUAGUUAAUUGGGAGUUUGCGGGACCAGUCACUUUUGACCUACUGCUUCAUUACCAAAGCUCGGUCUAUCAGUUCCAAGGUAACAUGCUAGAAGUGAGACUGAAGAAAGCCUUUUACAUUUGUGAGGUUGGAUUUUGUAAUUCUGCUAUGUCAAUACCCAAAAGUCGCUAUACUCAAUUUUAUUUUUUCAGGUUGAGAAUGAUUUUGUUGUUGAAUAAUGGUUACUCGCCGGAUUAUAUAAAUUUGAUUAAUCAAUAUGCUUAAUUAAAGCGAACUCUGGUUCAUCAAGAAAUGGAGGUCAAGUAUAAAAAUUGAGGUAGACUGAUGUUUCAGUGGAAA